CGGGCGGCCGGGAGGGCGGGGGCCGGCGUUCAGCGGGGAGCGCUCCGGCCGCCGGUGCCGCCCGCACUCCGCGCUGCCGCCCGGCGCCGCCGCUACCCGGGACCGGCGGCCGCCGCGCACAGCCCGCGCCCUCUCCGCCCGCUCCGCGCCCGCCCGGUGUCCUGCCCCGCCAUGAAGUUGAGCAGCCGCGGCCGGGGAUGCUGCGCGGGCGGCAGCCGGGAGCGCGGGCCGCCGCCGCGGAGCCCCUUCGUGCACCAGCUGCGCCUCGGCCCCCUGGAGAAAGCCAAGAUUGCCUUCAUGACCUUGACUCUGUUUCCUAUCCGACUCUUUUUUGCUGCUUUUAUGAUGUUGCUGGCCUGGCCUUUCGCGUUCAUUGCUUCAAUGGGAUCUGACGAGCAAGAGCUUGAAAAGCCCCUCUCCUGGUGGCGAAAGAUAGUGGAUAUUUUGCUGAAAGCAAUAAUGAGAAUGAUGUGGCUUGCUGGUGGAUUCCACUGGAUAAAUGUCAAAGGCAGACGGGCAUUGCCGGCAGAAGCAGCAAUAUUAACGGUGGCUCCCCAUUCCUCCUACUUUGAUGCCAUUCCAGUAACUAUGACCUUCGCCUCCAUUGUGAUGAAAGCAGAAAGCAAAGAUAUUCCUGUUUGGGGAACUCUGAUCAAAUAUAUCCGACCAGUAUUUGUAUCUCGGUCAGACCAGGAUUCUCGCAGGAAAACUGUUGAAGAGAUAAAGAGGCGUGCCCAGUCUGAUGGUAAAUGGCCACAGAUAAUGAUAUUCCCCGAGGGCACUUGCACAAACCGAUCCUGUCUAAUUACAUUCAAACCUGGAGCGUUUAUUCCUGGGGUUCCUGUACAACCAGUGGUUUUACGUUAUCCAAACAAACUGGACACAAUCACAUGGACAUGGCAAGGGCCAGGAGCGUUUGAAAUUCUGUGGCUCACUUUAUGUCAGUUUCACAAUUCCGUGGAAAUCGAGUUUCUACCCGUGUAUACUCCUUCAGAAGAAGAAAGAAAAAAUCCAGUGUUAUACGCCAAUAACGUCAGACGUGUAAUGGCAGAGGCGUUGGGAGUUUCAGUGACAGACUACACAUUUGAAGACUGUCAGCUGGCUUUGGCUGAAGGACAGCUUCGUCUACCUUCAGAUACAUGUCUUUUAGAAUUUGCAAAGCUUGUGAGAAGCCUUGGGCUAAAGCCAGAAACACUUGAAGAUGAUCUUGAUAAAUAUGCUGCAAGUGUCAUGAAAAUGAAGAAAGAAAAGGUUAAUCUCAAAGAAUUUUCAGCCUACUUGGAAUUUCCAGUUUCUCAGACACUAGAAAGUAUGUUUGCCCUUUUUGAUGAGAAGGAAGAUGGUGUAAUUGACAUUCGGGAAUUUGUCAUUGCUCUGUCAGUUGUCUGUAAGCCAUCCAAAACUCUGGAAACAAUUCAGUUGGCAUUUCAGCUGUACCAGUCAGAAGGAGGAACUGUAACAGAAGAGGAUUUAGCUUGUAUUCUGAAGACUGCCAUGGGUGUGUCACAAAUUGAUGUUACGCAUCUUUUCAGAGCUGUAGAUGAAGAAGAAAAAGGAAAGAUUACAUAUGAUGACUUCUACACAUUUGCUGUGUUGCACCCACACUUUGCAGAAGAAUAUCUCUAUGCUGAUCAGAUGGGAGCUGAGAGCGGCUUGGAGACUUCAUCUCUUUCUGCUCCUAAUGGUAUCUGUACUGACUUCAGCCCUGACAGCAGUGGAGAUCGAAGGAAGCCCUUGCAGAAGAAACUGAAUUAACACUACAACUGUUACCUUCCUCUCCUGGUGAGAGGAUGUAUUUUCUUGGGAUUUUCAUAAGUCACUCCAAUUAUACAGCAAAUACCAGUUUUGUGUGUGAAAGUUCUACCUGAAUACCAUCUUUAAUCAUAUGUGGUAUAUUUAACAACAUGUUCCAGGUUACUUUGGGAAAGGUGGUUUGUUUUGGUUUUUUUUUGUGGUUUUUUUGUUUGUUUGUUUUUGUUUUUUGUUUUUUAUUUUUUUUGGAAAGGUCUUUGAAAGGCAAAAAUGUGAAUGUGCUUCAUUAUUAAUGUUCAUAUUUAAAACGAAGCGGCACAACUUAUUUAUAUUCCAUUGGCUAGUUCCAUGUACAAAGUGUCGCACAAACUGUGCAUGUAUAAAGAAACUGUAGCUACUAUGGUGUAAAGUGCACUUUGGUGAUUAGUGUUUUCCCUAGUUUGGGGAUGUUAAUUUGGGGCCAAACUUUGCUGUCCAUAUCUAAUAGUCAGUCUUGUUGAUUUUGGUGGGAUUAUUCUCUUGAGCAAAGCAAGCAUACUUUGGCCCUUUGUUUUGGUUUCAGUGAACAGUUUGGAAACAGUAAUACAAAAACUUGCUAAGGAUUACUUUUUAUUUUUAUUGCUGAAUGACAAAGUUGUUUCUCUUUCCAUGGUAGAAUGAAAAGGAAAGGCUCCUUAUCUCUCACCCCAACACUUUUCUACUGUAAUCUUCCGGAUGCAAUUAAACAUGAAUUCUUUCCAAACUGACAUGCCACAUACUGUUUGAAAAUACAAAACUGAACUGUUUGUGCUUUUCUCUUAUGACCAAUUCAAAUCAUGUCCACACAACAUUUUAUGGGAGAUGUUUACAGAGCUAUAUUUGAUUUAGAUUUAUCAGGAAUCACAGGUUUCUUUUGUAGCAAGCUGUACGGGUAACAUAGCAUGGAAUACAUCAUGAAACUUUGGAGUAUCAGCACAAGUUGGAAAAGUUGCAGUCAUUUCAGAGGCCAAGCCAGCAACAAGUUGCAGGCCAUCAUGGAGAAGUGCUAGUUAAAUAUCUAUAGCAACAUUAUAUGUGCUUCAUAGAACAUAUAGAAUAGUUAAAACUGUUAAAAAAAUCCACCGCAUUUAUAUUUGUAAGACUUAUGGUUCCUUUUGUAAAGCCAGAUGCCUUAACUGGAUGCUACUGGAGGGCUCAGAGAAAAAUCUAUACUAUUAUAAAGCCCAGAGAUUCAUUGAUUAGGAAAUGUGACAAAAGCCUCAAAGAGUAAGAAAGAUGACUCUUACAAAAUAACUGUGAUGGCAACUCUGCUUCCAAACAAAAAAAAAAAAAUCUUUUGAGUAAUUUUUGACUAGUUUUGUAGGGUUUUGUGCGUGGAAAACUAUUGAGAUUUGAGUCUUCCACAAAGGAAUUUAAAACUAGAUUUGAAAGGGAAGAAUUUUAGCAAAAGACAUCUGUUUGUACCAAGUGCUUUUAUAACUAUUUUUUAAAUAGUAGGAGGUGUUUUAAAGCUCAUUAGGUUAUUGGAAUGUGUCCUUAGAAAUCCCAAACUAUAUGUGGCAGGUCUCCAAACUGGAACUGGCUUUAAUAAAGAGGGUAGGAGGAAAAACUAUAAGAAAAGAUCCUUUAUGGGGGUAUGUGGAGGUAAUUAAAUUUUUGGUUUAUCUAGGUAACAAAAGCCAAGCUUACAGGGCAGCAGCAGACUGGCUGGCAAGAUCUGAAUUAAAACUGAUCAUGAAAAAUAGGAUAAAUUGAUUAAAAAAAUAAGGCAUAUGAGAAACUACACUUAAAUAAGAACAGUCAGAUACAAAGAGGGGGGAGUGAGUAUUACUGUGCUAUAUCUUGAGGCAGGGAUAGCACAGAAUAUGUCAAACUGAACACUGUUAACUCUUCGCUGCAGAAAAGUUCCUCAUGAUGGAGGGAUGCAUGAGCAUGUGGUCUGUGAGAAGCAGAGUGGUAUUUCUGUGUUAGUAAGAUGUGAUAAGGUCUUACCUGAGGUACCUGUUCCUAUUGGGGCACCUGAGAAAGAUGGGGUGUAACUGAAUAAAGUCUGGAGGACAGAAAGUACUCAAAAAGAGAUCAAUAGUAUCCUUUAAUCUAAAGAAGAGGAGACUGAAGGAAGAUGUGAACAGUCUUUAAAUAUGGAAAAAGUUGCUAUAGAGAAAAAAAGGACACUUCUCCACAAGGAUGCUAGAUGCUGGCUAUUAAUUGAAAAGGCAAGUUAAGCAUUAGGAAAAGUCUCUUACAAUACACCUUGUUAAGCGAAGGAGAAGAGUUAUUUCAGGUGCAGUGAACAGCCUGCCUUCCUUCACUGGAGUUUCUGAAAACAGAGAAGACAGACAGCUCCAAUAGAGACAAUUGGUUUUGUUGAUCAUGCCCCAAGGUUACAGGGAGAUGUCUCUGAGGUCUGUAAUUAUGCAGUAUGUAAGGGAAGGCAGGUGUAGUCUGGACAUACUCUAUCUCUACAAGACAAGGGCAUGUGGCUCAAGCUGGCUAUAUAAGAUAGUUAUAUCUUGCUUUGGUUAUGAGCUUGGGAAUUCAAGAAUUUCAGAAUGCAAGGAAGGACAGAGAGUUCCCCAACACCUGCCUGAAAAGAAGAAACAGGUAAGCUUAGAAUCCCAUGGACAACUCUGAAGUGAGAGAAGCUCCAAAGGAAGAGAUACAUUGACCACAUCUGUGAAAGAGCAAAGAAAGCUGAUUGAAGCUGCCUGAGAAUGAUUGUGUCUAAUUUGCAUGUGUGCUGUGAGUAACUUGGGGGGUUCUGUCUUAUAAAAGCCCAUAAGUUCAUUGACUUCUUUUUUCUAUUUUUAUUUGUGAGGUGUUUUGUAACUGUGAUGAGUGUAAUAACUGUACUUGUGUACAUCUAAGCUGUACAGAGUGUAUUGAAGGGUGCUGCAGCCUCUAGUAGGGCUUUAGAGGCUGGUCCCUUAAACAGGCACCAGUCACACUGUGGGGUGAAGAGGUGCUGAAAGUCCUGUGCACGAGUGAGCUCAGUCCAGAGCUGCUGCUGGAGAGGCCAGUGACCAACACAAGUCACAAGCAAGUACUCUUGGUGGAUCAAAACUCAUUUAAAAACUGGUGGAUUAAAUCAUUAAAAAAUAAAAAAAGGCAUAAGACAAAACAACAGAUUCUGGAAGGAAAUAUGAUUCUCCCUCUUUUGAGAAAUUACUAAAUGAGAUAAAGACAUAAUAGGAAGAAUGGUAGGAUGAAGGAUCAGGCUGCAUGGAAACAUUGUUAGAUCACACAUCAUGUCACAAAAGCUGAGAUUAAUUAAUAUAAUUCCAUUAAUUUUAGCAUUUGUAGUAUAUAAUACUAGACUGCCUUGUAGUGAGAGAGAAGCCACAUUACCACAGGGUGGUGACCUCAGGCUCCUGAGGGCCGAGGCCUGGAACAUACUGCAUGACUGCAGCAGUGCUCAUUAAAACUCAUCCAUCAAACCCCAGCUGCAGGAGUGUUUCAGUAGAUCCCGAUGAAAAGCUUUUCUAGAGGCAUCUGACUGUGGAUCAGCUGCAUUGUGACAGUCAAGUUUCAGUGACUUGAUGCAAAGUUAGAGUAGAAGUGAAAACUUCCCUCUUCACCAAACAAUGACAUGUGCAUGCGUCCAAGUAAAAUAUUACUGAUUCUAUAGGCAGAUUGUUAUAUUUUAACAGGGUAGUAUUAACACCCCCUAAAUUUACACGGAGACAUAUGCAGAAAUUACUUUGGUUCUUUGCAACUAUUUUAACUUAAAUUAUCCUUACACAAAAACUGCAGGGGUGUGACAUUUCUGAUGAGCAUUUUUGUACUCUUACAUAACACUGCCAUCCCUUGCCAGUAGAAUUCUUGCAUCAACCUGAAUUUUUACAUAUUGUAUGAGAUACCCAGCCAAGGCUGCUUCUCUUCUGCUGGGUAUCUCUUCUCAUAUGCCUAACAAGUAUUUAAAGUUACCCAGAAAACCACAAAAUCCAAAAUAUCUGAAGUUUUGGGGGGUUGAUUUGGUUUUUUGUUGUUUCAUUUACACUUUUUCAACCAUAAUGAAACCCCACUAAAACCAAACAAAUACUCAGUAGGUGCAAAGCGUGUUUAAACCACUGUCUCCAAAACAGUAUGGCAAGUGUUAUUACAGAUUUUUGGGGGAGUUUUUUGCUGUAGCAGAUAAAUUUCAAAUGCUUCAUAGGAAAUUUAUAGGCCUUAUAGAGAAACUAGGCUGUACACUCAGUUUUAUAUUAAUUAAUUACACUAUAUAUUUUGAUGUGUUUAUUGUAGCUAGAAUGAUCUGGGUGUGAUAAAUAGCAAGCAGAUGUGUGUGUGUGUUUGCUAAUCCCAUUUUCAAGGUAUAAAUCCUUAGGUCACAGGGGUUGAAAAGGACACGUGUGCAGUAGGGAAGUGAUGCAACCUCUUUAGUGACACAGCUGCCAGAAGUAAACAGCUAAGUGUCACACAGAGCUCUUUAUUAAUAUCUUCAUGCAAGCUGAAUACCUUUGUUAGCUAAUUAAAGCAUUGGGGUGGUUGGAGUAUUUUUGUAUUCAUAAAAUGCAGUAAACAUUUUCCUGGAAAAGUCAUUAUUGCACUUUAACAUCUGAUAAAUUCUUAAAGCAGGUGUGAUUUUAUUUAUUUAUGAGUUCCCUGAUAAGUUUGUCUUUAGGCAUUAAAUUAUUCUUCCUACUUUUAUAUUACCAUGUGGUAACUACAGCUUCUGGUAUUAACUGUUUUAGUCACCUGCUCUCUGCUCCUUCAAAAAUAGCAUUCUCAUUAAAGGACAAAUAAAAAAGAAUAAAUAAAAACAAAACCUGCCCUGGCUAAAAAAAAUACUAAUUGCAGAACUCUAGUAGCAUAUGCUGUAGAUCCUGUGAUCUCAGAAAAAGAAAACCUGUAAGCACAGCUUUGCGUGCGCUACAGGACUAAACUAGGCUGGAGAAAAAAACAAAAUUCUCAUUAAACGUUCUGACCAACUAAGUUCAGUUUUUCUUUAGGUCAGAGUGUGGGUCAUAAGACUUUGUGAAAUGUUGCAUUUUACUUAAUGUGAAGCCUCUGUUUCUUUUCUCUAGCAGAGCUUUCAUAAGUGCUCUAGAAAUAGGAAAUGACGAAUAUGCUGGCCAAGAGUUCUACAUUAGCAAAACUCAAAUCUCGCUCCUAAAGCCAUAUUGAGGCACGGAAGUUCCCUGUGAACCAGACACUUCAAAGAGUUUGCUACUUUUUAGGUAUCUGAGCUUCAGCUGAUUAGGAAAAUUUAAAUUAACAAAUUAUUCUGAAUACAUCAUUACCUAAAAAAAGGAAGAAUACAAAAUGGAAAGUAGGAGUUAUCAUCAAUGUUGUUGAUAAUUAAUUACUAAUUAAUUAAAUUAUUAAUUGAUCAGCAAAACUGCAAGAUCUGUUUCACACAUGAGCAGAAAGGCUGACGUGUUCAUUCAGGUAAUUUUGCUGUCCUGGCUAGGUAAAAUUUAAGCUGGGUGGUCUUUGCUCAGAAGGCGAUUUCUUGAAAGUACUGCAGCAUCUUGAAGGUACUGCAACAUCCCAGUAAUGUCUUGGUCACUGGCAGUGUAGACAGUGAGAUUUCAUCUUCUCACCCUGCCUUUUUUCUUUGAAUUAUGGAGAAAAGUAUUCAAAACAUGACAGGAACCCUAAGAUCUUACAGGUAAAAGCCCUCUAGCACACCUCAGAGGCACAAAGGUGAUCAUUCUGUGGAAUAGCUAUGGUGGUGAACUGGGUAUACAAUGCUGGUCCAUACCUUGUGGUCAAACCUUGUAUAAAUGGUAAUACUGAGGUAAAACUACAAAGGGAACAUAGCAGCAAACAGGACAUUCUUUAGAUGUGUUUGGACUUGGGUCUGUGAGUAUUUCCUGCAUCUCAUAGUGCUCAAGUCAAAACAGUUUCUUUCUCUAGGAAACAUUCCAGGUUUCUUUAAAGAUAAUAAAGACUUUGACUUCUUCAAGUGGAAGAGUGAUUUGUUAUGUAAAAAGCAGUUUCUUUUUCCCCAGAUGGUGUGAUGUGCUUUAUCAUGUAUAAUGUGAUUAAACUGAUGGGGGUGAUACCAAGAGACCAGAGGAUAUAAGAGGCUUAUAAAAUAGAGGGUUUAUGUUUCUGUGAGAUAUGCUGAGACAUUUCUACACACUGGUUGACACUGCCUAGAUUGUCUUGCAAGUUUAUUAUCCAAAAUCAGUUUACUAGUUGUGUGGUGGCAGUGGCUGUUUAUUCUACUUUCCUUAGCAGGGUAGCAGAGCAGAGUACUCCUUUGCAAGCCAGCUUUGGGGUAUAGAUGUAUUUAGAGUUUUCAAAUGAUCAGUGUCUGGGAACAGAAACAGUAGAAUCACCGUAGCACUGAUUGCACCUCAGUAAGUUAUUCCUGUUACAUAACUUAGCUCUUUGGGGUAUUUUUUAUGAAUACAUUUAUCAUGCUUUAUUCUGAGCUAAGUUGCACAGAGCCAUAUGAACAUCAGAGCUCACUUGAGACAGCUUGGGGAUCUCAAAAAAGGUGCUGUAUGAUAAUCUGUUGGUAGAGUGUUACAUUUCAGUUUUUUCACUUUGACCAAAAAUGUCAGAAGCAAGAAAAAAAAGUCAUGACUUCUGUAAUACUCUAUUUUUAUACUAUCAAUGGGGUGUUAUUUAAGAGUGCCAGUUCUGAGCCAAAGUCAGCUGAAGAAAAAUCAGGCUGAACUUCUGAUCCCAAACCAGCAAGCAGAAAAUCCCAUCCAUGCCCAGCAUGGCAGCAAAGCUUUCACUCUGCAGUUGGCCUCUUCCCAUAGUAAAGAAGGAUCUUUUCUGCCUCUUGGGCUGGUGAAUUCAGUUUACUGGAUCCCUAGUUCUUGCUUGUGCUGUCUGUUCUUUGUAGGCUUGUUGCAGCCAGAGGGAGACCCUGCUGCCUCUUAAGCUGAAGUGACAUACAUGGACUUUCCUCCCUGAGCUGAGAGCAGCAGGUGAAUAUUCGAGUCCUGUUCUAGUAACGCUACCCAAAACUAAAAGCCCACGUACUACUUUAGCUCAUGCCUGCCAUCAGGUACAGAACUGCUUUUUCUUUUCAUACACUUCAGCCAUUGCAGGUGUAUUUAGGUGACAGCAGGUCUCAAAGAGCUUAUGAGAUUGUCCUUGUUCCUGUGAGCAACAAGAUAUUAAAUUAGGAGUAUUAGAAGUUUACAGCAAAACCUUAAAUUGGAUUGACUCCUGACUUGCUAUAUAUAUAUAUCUCUUUCAGUGUGAGCCUGUUCACUUCCAUGUUCAAAAUGCAGGAUCUAUAAAUGUGAUUGCAAACAAAGUCUCCUCAUGGGUACUGAAAAAAGCUGACGCUCAGACACUUUUCAUCCUACCAUGGUACUGGAAAUGAAAUUCAUCUGACAAUAGGUUGUUUCUAAGUCUAUGAAUGUAUAUGGGGAAAACCCAAAUACAUCUUUUAUUCACUAUCCAGCAUGACGACAAUUUUGUAUUUUAAAUGCUAAAGAAAUAAACUUUGAAAGAUCUUU